AUGAUAAUAAUCCUUCCAAAUUCCAAUGGUCAUGCAUUAGCUGGAGGCCCAAAUGCAUUUGGAUGUUGCAUGGCACCAUGUUUUCCUAAAUUACCUACCUGUGAAUGCCCUUGUGGAUUCCCUUUGCAGCCGCAAUUACCGUCUCUGCCACCUCCACAAUCUGCAUAUCCUAUUGGUGGUGCUUAUGCGACACCUGAUAGCAGUAACAUACGACAGCAAAUGGUCGGAAAUGGUUACUUUCAACAACCGUACUCAUAUAAAACACUACCAAGCACUUCAAGUCAACAACAAUCAUCAUAUCAAAAUGUGGGAGCUUAUGGUUUCAACGUAAAUCAACUUGAACAACCGGCUGCCGGUGUUUCUAGUGGUUAUGCAACCGGUCCGUAUGGCGUUGGAAAUGGCAAUUUCGGUGAUUAUUCAUCCGCAUACAGUCUUCCACAACAGAGUGGACAGAAUGAGAAUAAAUUUGGCGCACUACCUCCGCAGCUACCAGUUCCUGGUACGGGACAGUAUAUGUUUGGGCCACAACAAUCGGACACUCCCGUAGCUGUUACCGCAGGUAUUGCUGGAACCGAGUACAACUCAUCACCAACAAAAAGUGACUAUGAAAAGAAAACCAAAGCAUUUUUGAAGAUGCGCAGAAGUCAAUUGGCGUAA